AUGGGGGACGGCAUCAUGGCGGCGUACGGACAGACGCAGUACAGCCCCACCCUCCAAGCUGCCGGACCCUACGCAACUUACACGCAUCACGCGCAAGGCUACGCUGUGCCGUCUUACAACAUUAAAACAGAGGAAGGUUUGAGUCACUCGCCGGGCCAAACGGGACUUUUGGGUUACUCCAACUUCGGCAGCGCCCCUGCUGGUCAGAGCCUUUAUGGCUACUCGCACACACACGGCGCGGGCAUCUCCUCGGGAAUUUUCCAAGGGGGCCACGCCAUCUCUACGUCCACGCCGUUCAACCCUACGCAACAAGAUUUUUCCUCAUAUUCCAGCUAUAGUCAAACUCAGUACUCACCGUAUUACAACUCACAUCACUACAACAGCCCGUACCUGAGCGGCAGCAACAUAAGCCCCGCCUCCAUCGGCACCCCGUUAGCCUAUCAGCACCCGGAGCACCCUGUCAUGUUACCCAAUCACAGCCCGGAGUCUCACACAGGGGAGUACCACCAACCUCCUAGCCCACCCACACCAAGUAAAGAUGAGUGUGAGAGGGGCACCGUGUCCAUGCGGAGGGGAUCCGACGGAAAGUUGAGGGGCAGGAAAAAAGUCACUGACCCGGUGCCACCUUUGGAUGCCGACAUUGAGCGGGUGUUUAUCUGGGACUUGGACGAAACCAUCAUCAUUUUCCACUCGCUCCUUACGGGGACCUUCUCCUCAAGAUUUGGCAAGGAUUCGUCCAAAGCGGUGUCUCUGGGUUUGUGGAUGGAGGAGAUGAUCUUCAAUUUGGCCGACUCGCGGCUAUUCUUCAACGAUCUGGAGGAAUGUGACCAAGUUCAUAUCGACGACGUGGCUUCGGACGACAAUGGUCAAGACUUAAGCACGUACAAUUUUGCCAGCGACGGCUUCCAGAGCCCGGCGGGGACCGGUUCCCUCUGCUUGGGCUCGGGGGUCCACGGAGGGGUGGACUGGAUGAGGAAGCUGGCCUUCCGCUACCGCCGGGUCAAGGAGAUUUACAACACCUACAAGAAUAAUGUUGGAGGUUUGCUGGGCAGCCCCAAGCGGGAAGAGUGGCUCCAGCUGCGGCGAGAGAUGGAGGUUCUCACCGACUUGUGGCUCACGCAGGCCCUCAAAGCGCUGGCGCUCAUCAGCUCCAGGCCCAACUGCGUGAACGUUUUGGUAACCACAACCCAGCUGGUCCCGGCGCUCUCCAAAGUUCUUCUGUACGGUCUGGGCGCCGCCUUCCCCAUCGAGAACAUCUACAGUGCCACCAAAAUCGGCAAGGAGAGUUGCUUCGAGCGAAUCUCGCAGCGCUUUGGCAGGAGGGCCGUCUACGUGGUGGUCGGCGACGGAACCGAAGAGGAAACAGUCGCCAAAAAGAAGAACAUGCCAUUCUGGAGGGUGUCAUGUCGAGCCGACCUGGAGGCGCUUAGCCAUGCGCUGGAGCUGGACUACCUGUAG